AGUCCAUUUAAGUUUGAGAGCGAGCGCAAGAGAAGAGAAAGAGGAGAGGCUGGAGAGAGGAGUCGUAGUGAGGUAAAGAGAAAAAGAGAAAAAAGAAAGAAUGGCGGCAAAUGAAGAGGAGAGCGCAGUGAAAGAGCCUCUCGAUCUCAUUAGGCUUAGUCUCGACGAGCGAAUCUACGUCAAGCUCCGCUCCGACAGAGAACUCCGCGGCAAACUCCAUGCUUAUGACCAGCAUCUUAACAUGAUACUUGGGGAUGUUGAAGAAAUAGUUACCACUGUAGAAAUUGACGAUGAAACAUAUGAAGAGAUUGUUCGGACUACAAGGCGCACCGUUCCUUUUCUUUUUGUUAGAGGAGAUGGUGUCAUAUUGGUAUCUCCGCCCCUAAGGACGGCUUAGGUGUACUGUUAAGCCAUUUAUGAGAGAUUGCGAGUGGCAGAUGUAUCUUUUAUUAGUUCCAUGAUGCUAUGGUGCGGGCUUUCCUCUCUAUGACAACUGAUUGCCCAACCGAUUUUAUUUCCCACAGGAGCCUGCGCAGUGUGUUGAUGUAUCCAAAUUAAAUAGUCAUUGACAUGUGAUACGUGGCAUGCCAAAACCAUGUCUUGUUACUUGUAGGAUUUGUUAAGGAUAUUUUUUCUUUUAAAAAACUAGGAAGGAAACUCAUUGCAUAA